CGUUCUCGGUGUCUGCGCGCAGGUUUGGCGAGGGUGCUGGUGAGUCGUUCUGGGCUUGCGCUGACGGCGUGGGGUGUGGCGGUGCUGACGCGUGCGUUGUGGCAGCUGACGUCGCGCUGUCGCAGAAGCUCGGGGAGGAGUUGCAGUACGAGAAGGACAGCGCUGCCGAGGCCGAGCCUGAUUUCUUGCGCGCGUUCAAGGCGAAGGGUGUCUGGGAGGUGCGUGUCAUCUUCGUAUGCAAUGCACCCGCCGGGUCUCAUCCCUGUCGACGUAGAUCGAGGACACCGCCGGGAAUGACGAGGUUGCGCUGAGGCGGAAGUUUGGUAACGAGACGUGCGUCAUGCGUGGCGAUCCGCUGGCUUGCGCGCGCUGACGCCUUGCCUGCUAGCAUCCGGCUGAUGUUCUCGAUUGCGGACAUUCAGAACGAGCAGGAAUCCGAGUUCGAGCAGGGUGAGGAGGGUGAGCAAACGCCAGAAGAGCAGCCCAUCCACUCCUACCCCAUUCGCUGCUCCAUCUCCAUCACAAAGGCGGGUGCGGACGGUGCGGUCAACGUCGACGCGCUCUGCCAGGAGGGCGCGUUCCUGGUCGACAACAUCUCCUUCUAUAAGGACGCUGCUGUCGGCACGGAGCUGACGGCGGAGGCGGACUGGAAGCGUCGCGGCCUGUACAUCGGCCCACAAUUCGACACGCUCGAUGUCACCGUGCAGGAGGAGUUCGAGCACUGGCUGCGGGAGCGCGGUAUUGACGAGGAGCUGUCCACGUUCAUCCCGGAGUAUUCUGAGUUCAAAGAGCAGAAGGUACGUCCUGUCAUGGCGUAUGUAUGGCAGAUGCUGAUGGCCAUUUGCUUUUCUGUAGGAGUAUGUCGGCUGGCUGCAGCACGUCAAGAAGUUCAUCGAGGCAUAGAUGCGCUGCUUCUGCGUACUGCGUGCAACUCGGCUGGGUUGCUCACACAAAAGUUGAUGCAGUGUCUGUGCUGCAGUCCUUACCUACACGACCGUCCUAAUCGCAAUGUGUCACUAAUAAUGCACUUCCCACUCAUGCAUAUGCGUUUCUUUCCGGCUGCCCGUUCGCCCAUGACAGGGUCACAUUCGUGUCAAUGUCAUCCCGCAAGAGGUUUCGAUUAGGUAAGCAACCAAGUCGGGAGGAGGAGGAGGAGGAGGGGAUUCCAUUUAGUCCUCACGUCUGCGUGCCAUAAGGCUCGCCACGUGUGACAACGCUCUCUAUUUACAUGACAACCCCCAUACUCCAUAGACCCGUGUACACUACUUCCCGAUCGGGAUAUCCAGCACCUACUAUCGCACGAUUGCAAUACUACUCGAUAAUUCACAAACACCCCGGCUCAUCUGCCUUGCAGCAUGGCAGGAUCCAUGGCUAAAACCUGGUAGGAAAAAGCAUGGUCCAGGUGGUACCAUAUGGUAGCGCUACUGCCGUCCGCGAUCAUGCGGAGGGCACGCGAGGCCCCCUAUUGGCAUAGUAGGG